AUGCAUUUACGCACCAGCAGCGCAGCGUUGCUUCCGCGCAACAAAAAUUCGUCAAGUCUGUCGAAUGAUGGCGAGGAAAGCGGAGAGAAAGACAGCGAGAAUGAUGGCGCUGAUGAUGAAAAGAAGUCACCAAAGGAGCGCAAGCGCGAGGAUGUCUCCAAGGGGAUGUCAACCGCGAGUGCAAAGGAUGCGGGGGAUAUGACGAAGUCGGGCAGCGGAGCGGACGACAGCGAUGGAAAGAACGGCCGGUCAUCGCGCGAGUCCUCUUCCUUGCUCGUAUCUCGGACUACUGUUCCAAGCGUAUACCCACAAGUCCUUGCGCUGCCCAUCACUAGGCGUCCCCUUUUUCCCGGAUUCUACAAGGCUGUUGUGAUCAAAAACCCACAAGUGUGCGCCGCGAUAAAAGAAGCGCUUAAGCGCGGCCAGCCGUAUGUAGGCGCAUUUCUUCUGAAAGACGAAGAGGAAGAUUCGGACGUGAUUACGAAUCUGGAUAAGGUGCAUCGCGUCGGUGUAUUUGCACAAAUUACGAGCAUCUUUCCCGCGCAGUCCGGAAAGUCGGAUGGAAAAGAGGAAGAAGAAGGAAUCACAGCGGUUCUUUACCCACACCGCCGCAUUUCAAUUGACGAGCUGAUCACACCCAUGGGCAAGGGAAUGGAUGAAGUCAAAGUCGAAGAAAUUAAAUCUGUGCAAGAGGAUGGCAAGGAAGCCAGCAUUGACAAAAGCGAUAUCGAGCGCAAAGAGGAGGUCACAUUGGAAGAGAUGCCGUCGCACACACCCCCUUUUCCCACGUCGUUCUUGCACAAGUACGAUGUAUCGCUUGUGAACGUGUCCAAUUUGUACAUUGACCCGUAUGACCGCAAACCGAACCAGUAUAUCCGUGCGGUCAUGUCCGAACUGAUCAGUGUCUUUAAAGACAUUGCCAACUUGAACCCCCUGUUCCGCGAUCAGAUUGCCAAUUUCAGUAUUUCGCAAGGAGCAGGAAACGUUUUUGAGGAACCCGAAAAGCUCGCCGACUUUGCAGCGGCCGUUUCUAGCAGCGAAUUGGACGAGCUGCAGGCCGUACUCCAGUCGAUGAAUGUCGAAGACAGGUUGCAGAAAGCGCUGCUUGUGCUGAAAAAAGAGCUUAUGAAUGCACAGCUCCAGAGCAAGAUUAGCAAAGAUGUGGAGAACAAGAUUCAAAAGCGACAGCGUGAAUACUACCUCAUGGAGCAGCUCAAAGGCAUCAAGAAGGAACUUGGCAUCGAGACUGACGGAAAAGACAAGCUCGUCGAAAAGUUUAAAGAAAAAGCGUCGCAGCUGCGCAUGCCAGAAGCUGCGCGCAAGGUAUUUGACGAAGAGCUAAGCAAGCUACAAGGUCUAGAGCCUGCUGCAAGUGAAUUUAACAUUACGCGGGGCUAUCUUGAGUGGCUUACCAACAUUCCCUGGGGAGUGUACACGCCAGAGAAUUUCUCCAUCGCCCAUGCAAAACAUGUUUUAGACGAGGAUCACUUUGGCCUGACCGAUGUCAAGGACCGUAUUUUGGAGUUCCUUGCCAUUGGAAAACUUCGCGGCUCGGUACAAGGAAAAAUCAUUCUUUUGGUUGGCCCUCCGGGUGUGGGCAAAACAUCCAUUGGAAAGUCCAUUGCCCGCGCGCUGGACCGCCAAUUUUUCCGCUUCAGUGUGGGAGGUUUGAACGAUGUGGCCGAGAUCAAAGGCCACCGCCGCACCUACGUUGGCGCCAUGCCAGGUAAAGCAAUCCAGGCACUGAAAAAGGUGGGCACGGAAAACCCAUUGGUUCUCAUCGAUGAAGUAGACAAGGUCGGGCGCGGUUGGAAUGGCGACCCUUCUUCUGCGCUGCUAGAAAUGCUGGAUCCAGAGCAGAAUCCCUCGUUUAUGGACCAUUACAUGGACGUAGCUGUGGACCUUUCGCGCGUGUUGUUUGUCUGCACUGCUAACACGCUCGAGACCAUUACCCAGCCGCUGCUGGACCGCAUGGAAGUGAUUGAAGUGUCGUCUUACACCGCCGAAGAAAAGCGCUUUAUCGCACGCGACUACCUUGCACCGCAAGCCAAAACGAACUCGGGUCUUGAGAAUGUCGACAUCACGCUGCCAGAUGCUUCGAUUGACUUUUUAAUUCGUCGCUAUGCGCGAGAGAGCGGUGUGCGUGGCUUGCGAAAGUUGCUGGAAAAGGUGUACCGCAAGGUUGCGUUUGACAUUGUCAAGGAGCACGGCGACGACGAUGUACCGCUUGAGGCCAUUGCGGAACAGGCGUCUGACAGCUCGGCAUUUGGUGCCCAGGAGACGAGCGAAGCGCCCAAAGUCACCACACAGCCACGCGAGCCUAUGAAGGUGCCGGCGUCGGUCCAGUUUGUUAUUGAUGAAGACAUGAUUCGCAAGUUCCUCGGACCUGCUCUAUACCACAAGGACCGCUUGUACACGCAUUCGAUGCCUGCAGGUGUCGCACUGGGUCUUGGAUACCUUGGCAAUGGCGCUGGCAGCUUGAUGCCCAUUGAAACAUCUUUGAUGCCCGGCAAAGGCCACUUGCAGCUCACCGGCAAACUCGGUGAUGUGAUCAAGGAAAGUGCUUCGAUUGCGCUCAGCUGGAUUAAGGCGCAUGCACACGAGCUUGGAAUUACGAAAGGAUUUGACCACAACUUGCUGGAAAACCGCGACGUGCACCUGCACAUGCCCGAGGGCGCCGUCGGCAAAGAAGGACCGUCGGCAGGUGUAGCGUUUGUGUCUAGCUUGAUCAGUCUCUUGUCAAAUCGUGAGCUGUCCACGACCCUGGCCAUGACUGGAGAAGUGUCGCUGCGUGGCAUGGUACUUCCCGUUGGUGGCUUGAAGGAGAAGCUCCUCGCGGCACACCGCGCGGGGAUUACCAAGGUCAUUUUGCCCGCGCAGAAUAGGCCAAGCGUCGAGGCCGACGUGCCCAAGUCCGUUCUCGACGACAUUGACGUGCAUUAUGUUACCAACAUUUGGUCUGCAGUGGAAAUCGCUUUUGGUGCAGGACCGUGGAGCGAGAAGGCCAAGGAUUGGAGCGCGCGCGAAACGGUCGACGACGCGAUUGCAUAG